AUGGAGAGCACUCUACAAAACAAGCGGGAUACCUCACCUACACCAUCCCCAUCUCAUCGAAGAAACUCAUCGAACUCAAGCAUCCUUUCCAAGUUCCCCUUUUUAAGAACAUCCCCGGAAAAGCGACGUGAGCAAAACGAAAGCGCAAUCGACGACAAUGCCCCUGCGACUACCCCUCGUCCCGCUGCCCGACCAUCUGCGAGUGUGAUACAGUAUCAACGAACGCGAAGACGCCGGGGAUCUCUUAGGAAAGCUGCCCUGCUUGGUCGAGGAGCGCAACGUGAGCGCAGGGAGAGUCGGCCGCUUGUCAUUGACACUUCACAUGCUGCUGCGUAUGGACUCGACCCUACAGCUACGCAGACUCAAAGCCCGUCGCCGAUAGAGUCUCUGGAUUUGAAUAAUGCUCCAAGAGGCGCCCAGCGCACGCAGCUCGAUGGAUUUACGCCUCUACCUGGAGGACUCGGCACGGCCCCCGUACUUCCUCAAAAAGGGACGUCUUCCCAGACCACAGCUCGUUCAACGGCACUUGCAGACCAAGACGGAGCUUCCUAUACAUCUACAGACGAGGAGGAUUUACUCCAGAUACCUGGGAGUUCGUCGACAAUUCGGCAGAGCUUGUCCAUGUCACCAGGGCCAGACUCUUACUUUAAUAGUGUAAAAUCGACAUCAUCACAGCGCAGACGGCUCACAAGCAGGGCAAAGUCUCCAUUGUCGUUCAGUGGCCUAUCGUCCAACACGUUGCCGACACAUGAUGAUUGGGAUUAUACAGAUACAGAAUGGUGGGGAUGGGUUGUCCUGUGCGUAACGUGGUUUGUGUUUGUUGUUGGAAUGGGAUCUUGUCUUGACCUCUGGAGCUGGGCAUGGGACGUGGGCAAGACCCCAUAUGCGCCCCCCGAGUUCGAAGACGACGACACUCUACCAAUUGUGGGAUACUACCCUGCGUUGAUCAUUCUCACGGGUGUUAUGGCGUGGGUAUGGGUUGUUGUAGCUUGGGUUGGGAUGAAGUACUUCCGGCAUGCUAAAAUUAGCGGCGACUAA